UCAAGAAAACAGCUUUGAACUAAGAAGAAAAACAUUGAAUACAAACAUAAUAAGUCUAAAAUGACUUCUUGCCUUAAAACACCAGAGCCACACGGCUGUCGGGAAUAUCAUUUUAGUGUGGAUAAGAACAUCUAGUCUUUGUGUUUGAGAUGACACCAUUUAAAAUAGUCAUUCAUGUCGAGGGGGAAAAGCCCAUUAGCCUGAAUCAUGUUUAGUGCUAGUUCUAAGUCUGUACUUCUGUCUACUUGAAAUGGUCAAGUGAUUGUCAUUGUGCGCUUUCUUCCUUUUGUUGGCAUAUGAAAGAGUCUUUUAUGGCUACCAAAGAAUUUGAGUUUCACGAGAAAGGUGCCGACUUUGAUGGGGAUACAGGUAAGGCUAGUCAGGAUGAGUUCGUAUUGGAGCAGGUGCUGGGGCUUACCUCCACCUCGGCACACGCACUGGGUCUCAACCCUCUCACGGGACAGGUGGCUUUCCCUGCGGCUUGCAUGCUCGUCCUACUGGACCCCAAGACGGGCGAGCAGAAAUUCAUAGAGAGCCCGUCGCUCCGCUAUAUCAGCAGUGUUAAUUUCUCGGAAGACGGAAAGUUUCUGGCGUUCGGAGAAUACGGUUUCAAACCUUACGUGCUGGUAUGGUUGAAUAAAGAGCACAGGGAGUACAACAAGUUUGUAGUGGACAACUCGGUGGGUAUCAAGGCCAUACAAUUUCAUCCAAAGUCCUCCUUUAUGGUCAUUUUGGGCUGCAACGACCUGACUAUCGGCGUGUGGGAUUUCGUUCGCGGGCGAAAGCUGGCGUUGACCAAAUGGCAGACUUCUCCACUAAGCUUGACCAUCCCCAAGCCUGGUGCGUACGUGGUUGUGUGCGGGCAUAGGAAAGUUACCCUUUUAAAAAUCGACAGCGUCCAGUCCAACAUGCACGAGACCAAUGUGUUCCAGGAGAGGAAAGCGGUGUUGUUGGGGCGCCAGAGCGAAUACACGUUCGUGGACAUCACUAGCGGUCGCAAUAAACACGAGAGAGAGGUGUACACGGUGACCAGCUGCGGGUUCCUGUGUCAGAUAAGAAUGGGUGACAUCAUCAUAGACAAGGCCAUCAAAGUGGACACGCAUUCCUACUGCGUCCGGUACGGCGCUGACCACAUCUUCGUCGGCUGCUGCAAUGGGACGGUCAAAAUAUGCAAUCCUGAAACAUUGUGUGUGGAGGCGAUGGUUUCCAUUGGACAACUGCUCGGGGCAGACUCUCUCUUGAGGUUGAGCUCCAAAAAUUACGCAGACACGACUGCCGUGAUGGUCAACGAGAGGGACUCAAUCGUGACGUGCAUCUACUCAGACUACACCGUCCACUCAUGGCAAUUCAGUCAGGUGGGAGACAAAAUGGUCUGCUCUGUGAUAGCACCCACCUCUAAAUACAGCCACGGCGACGGAAGCUAUGAAGUUUGCAUCAAGGAGCAGUUCGAGAAAGAGAAGCUGCUGAGGUCCUUUCUUGGCUUCAGAGACAGAAUAAAGGGCUCUAAGAUGCACGAAAUGCCCGCAACGAGCGACUGCCUCGGGGCACAGCACGGGCAGUAUGUUAAGAACCAUAAGUCACGUUUCCAGCACGCUAACGCCAUUAAAUUUUCUCCCGACGGAAAAGAAGUGGUAUGCGGAAACGAGGAAGGGGAGAUCAAAGUCUACGAAGCGGCGACGGGAGUCCUGCGCCGAGUGAUUGAAGCGCACAGCUCGCAUGUCACAUGUAUCGACAUCAUGUACGAUGAUGAAUAUAAACUGGUCUGCAGCGGGGGCAGAGAUAGGAUCAUCUUUGUCCUGGACGCCAAGACGGACUACAGUUUAGUUCAAGUGCUUUGCGAUCACUCUGCGGCCAUAACAGCCUUAAGCCUUGUUCACAACAGCGGCAUUCUGACUCUAGUCUCAGCGGCAGCAGAUAAUGUUAUUUUGAUUCGCCGCUCCAUUCCCGGAAGCACUCUAAAAUUCACUAUCACAGGAGAGAUUGCAGAAGCCACUCACAAUAAGUCGUUCAACCUGACUAGCGAGUAUAUUGUAACCGGCGCUGGCCAUGGAGGGAUUAAACUCUGGAAAGCGGAUCCCGUCUUUUGUGGUAAGCCGACCAAAACGAUCAAGUGCGAGCCUAAGGGUAGCGCUACUUCCAGAGCCAUCGGCAUCGAUCCAUCGGGGAGCUUCCUGGCUGUGACUCAAUGCCCGGGUCAAAUAACAGUCUACCACUUGCAGACUGGCCAAGCGGUCGGGUCGCUAACAAGCCAAAUAGAUGUGACGUCGGUUAGAUUUACCAACGAUCUGAGGUACAUGAUCAGCUCCACGUCCAACGGGUGCGCUCUUGUGUGGAGGCUCCCUGAGAAAAUGACGGAGUUUAUGAAGUGCAAGCAGGAGAAAACCUACCAAGUUGAAUUGGCCCGUGAAAUAGCUUGCGAAACGUACGUCUCCUGUCUGCGCCUCUGUAAACAAUUAACAUACGACGGUGUCCGUAACCACGAUGACAGGGAUUCGUCGUCGGACGGCCAAGAUCUAGAUAUAACUCCUAGCAUAGAGUCCCUAAGUCUUCUCAAUCUCUGUCCUGAAAUGGCAGACUCUAGCCACGGAGAGGACACUGUUACUAGUACGAUGAGCUUUUUGAGCUGUAGUACUUGCCAAGACUCUUGCUCCGACACAGCUUUCGGCUACCAGACCUCGGACUCCAACAUUCAUCUACAGUCCAGUCCUUUGCAUUUUCCUGCGGUUGCAAGGAAAAAUGUUCAGGAGAGCAUAUGUACCAGAUUAGGAAUGUUUAAAUACGUCUCUUCAAUAGAGGGCAACGGGUUGCCAGAGAUGUUCACUUUUAAAAGCCAAACCCGCAGCGAACCGUUUAAAUAUGAAGAGGACGUCGCACCAAAAACAGGCGCUUCUAUCGACUUCUCCAAAAACAACGGGAAGCUUGGGUCAAUCAAAGCAAAAAUGGUUAAUUUGUGUGACGAGCUCCAGACAAUGGAUGACGCAGAGCCUUACCAGCCUACGUAUGAUAAAGACACAAAAAGAGUCUACAAUCUCACAUCAGAUAACGAACUCCCGUGCUCUAAGAACGCCUUGGUGGAUGCUUCUUCAAAGAACACCACCUCUUCUGCCAGUCCGACUAAGAGCACCCGUCUACUCAGCACAAACUCACGCACCUCAGUCAUGACGACGGAGUCCUCUGUGACUAAAGACUACAGUACGUACGGGAGCCCUGUGCCUAUGACAUCUUCGGAGAUGGAAUACUUCACUAACUGUACGUCCAGCACUCUUUCAAGAUGCCCAGAUUUAGCAUGCGCUAACAACAUUGGCAGCAAACCUGAGACCAAUGUAUUCUACGGUAUAAGCUCUUCGACUCAAAACACGACGCCUAAUUUGCAAGACUUCUGUUUAGCCAGCGAAAACGUCUCACCAUCAGCUUGCUGCACACAAUACAGUCAAGAACUUAACCACCAAAGCGAGGGUCACGUCGUAGCUAACGAAGACAUCAAAGAGCCCAAAGCAUUCACUCCCUAUGUGCCGGCGCUGAAUUGCACGGACACGGAAAGCCUGACACGUGAACGCUAUGACGCUCACAAGGACAGUGAUAAGUACGCUGAGCAACAGUUUCAAAACUUGUCCAAUAGUUUGUCUUCUGAGAGGCAGAAAGCGAGCGACGAUGGUUCUAAAAAUGUACUAUGUAACACCCAAGAAAGUGCCUUUGAUGUUUUUGACAAGUGUAUUUCUGACUUUGUCAAAGAAACAUCCCUUGGAGAGAAGCCACGGGAAGAGUUUAAGAAAAUUGAGGAACCUACUGAAACUACGGAGAUGUAUAAAUCACAGCCCAUGAUAAUUAAGAAAGACGAACAAGAAAAUAACAUUCGAGACAGUGAAAUCAAACUUUUAGAACCUCUCGAUAUCGCUAAUGGCAUAGAAGAAAAACAUUUAUUCCAAUGCAAAGAUCAACUGGAAGAAACAUUUUGCCGAAAAGUAAAUAGCCCUCCCCGUUCUGGAGUAGAUAGUAGUACUCGAGUCAGAAACAAGGCUUGUAAUGACGAAAGCUUCACUGAAAGCGAUGUUAGGUUGAAUGAAGUAAACAAGGUAGAUGAACCGUUUAGGCAUAGCAAAUGCUUGAAUGGCCACGACGAUGCUGUGGGCUCCGACGGCUGUUUGAAGGUAGACGCCUGCGAAGACGACUCCGUCUUCAACUAUCAUUCCAUCACGCGAGACGAGCACGGUCGCCUGAGGUGGCUCGGUCACCAGACACUGCACGAAUCUUCCAUCGUGCCUUCCAAUACGACUGUUGAUCCGCAGUCUUCUAGCUGGCAGCGUAACUUCUCUGUCAGCCCUAAAUCAAAUCACGGGUCGUCAUAUUGCCCCAUCAAUUCUUUAUGGAACAUCAAGUGCUCCAGAUGCACGAACAAGCAUUCUACAACACAAAGCUCGUCCGAACAGUCUAUGGCAAGUGUGGACACUAGGGACAACAAAUCACUCAGUUCGGACGUAUCUAAAAUUCCUGAAGUGAUUGAUAAAACACAAUCAAGCUACGAUCAAGCGGACGCCAUCGGCAAUGCUGUCGAGGAGCCUGCGAUCGAUUAUCAGAAGAGUAUGUCCGACGCCUGCGAUCUUCUGCUUAACCCUUCUCAAUUUGUGGAGAAAAAUCUGCACCAAGGCUCGGAUGACUACCUCAUGAAACUACUCUCCAAGUGGCACGGUGAGUUAAAACAAUGCCUCCAGCUUUCUAACUCACAGGAGACAUUCUACAGACUCUACUCGGACCUUGAAGACACCGAGCUCCUCGAGCUUCUGAUGUUAGCCUUAGAAGGGAAUAAAUCUACACAGUUGAUGGAGUCUUUAGAAACGGAGAAGACAAAUCCUCCAGAAAAUUUGCCCAACAGUUUUGACAACGCUGUGCCGAAGCAGCAGAGAUCAAAUGAAGGACGCAUCAACGAAACGCUGCCUUCUCUAACAAUGCGUCGGCUUCAGCAGCUGCUAAUGAAAAGCGUAGCGAACGAAAACGAUUCUGGAGGACGUCUUAAAGGAGAUGCCGAAGACAAUGAGACGCUGUCGCUCCAAGAAUCAAUGCAAAUUCUGGAGCGGGCACUUAAUGAUCGCAAAUUGAUGAAAGAGCCCUUCAAUAACGAGACAGAUUGUGAAAGCACUUGGUGUGAGAGUGCAGAUGGAAACACAAAGGGAGACAGGCAAAAACCUGACCACUGCGGUUCAGACGAGCUUAAUUUUCGCAAAACGCCAGCGCGCUUUCUUCAGGACUGUAGUCCAGUCAGGAGGCUCUACCGUCAAGAGGAACGCCUCCAGAAUGACCGAGGGGCGAGGCGCGAGGCAGACCGCAACGCAGAUGAAAACGCCGAAACCUUCCUGGACAGAAAAAUGGGACUAGAUCGCCCCUGUUCACCAAAGCUGAUGGUGUACAACGACCGCCUCCAUGAUGCAGAAACUGAUAGCAAAACUAGCAACAUGAAAGGGACACCGAAUUGUUCCCAUGAUGGCAAAAACACCACUUCAAACAUAAGAAAUUUACCAAGUGAGAGAUUCAAAUGCCCUGCAUCCAAGAGCCCAGUAAACAAAUUCCCUAACAACCCAAACAUAUCCAUAAGAACAGGUUUACCAGAAUCACCACUCCAACCUGCAGGUAGCACAGGUUUACCAGCUACAUCACACCGUCCUGCAGGUAGCACAGCACACAAUGCAAAGCGUGACAAUCAACAGUGCAGCUCAGACGCCAGCCAAUCGUGCGCCGGAGACGUGACGGAGGAGAGCAUGUCCGUGCCGGCCAUCAAGGCACCCCAGACGGACCCCGAGAAGGAACAAGACGCCGAGAGCAAGGUGUCCAGAAAUGCGCUGGUGGAGAUCUUCCAAGACCAGGACGAGUACCUCAGGAAGUUAAAGGAAGUGCGCGAGAAGUUUGAAGAGAGCAUCCGAGCCUUGAGCAACGAGAGAAAGUUUAGGCGCGCCAAAACAGAUUCCUGAGCUGAUGGGAAUGUGUAGCUUAUCCAGUGUUAAUGUGGUCCCUGGUAGUUCUAUGACAUAAACUUCAAUAUUUCACAUUUUUGGCUGUUAUGAAGCUAGCUUUGUAAAAAUGUUGUUUUUUUUAUUAAAUUAGCAAUCUCCUUUGCAUUACCUGCAAUGCAAUUAUUAAGAAUAUAUUUUUUUUUAAAAAGCUACGAAUACAAGAAUUUAAAGGAAGCAAAUUUAAUAAAUCGAUGCGAAGUUGUUGGGAAUUUUUUUUUUUUUUUUGCAGUAGUUGAUCAAAAGUGAUACAAGUUAUCUUUCUUUUUUUUCGACCCUUACCAAAGGUUUAUUGUAGAAGUUGACAUGCAGAUAGUCUACCGACCGAAAUGUCAUUAGGCAUCUCUAUAGGCUUUGAAAACAAAAGUUUUAUAUUUCGACUUUUACAGGGACUCGCAUUACAAUGGUUUGAAGGGGGGGGGGGGGUUGAUACAAUUGUGGACUACGUCAGAAGUUUGUGAGAUUCGCACAAUGAGAACAGGCAAUACUUUUUCUUCCUAGGAAAUUGUUGUGUUGGAAACACCCGGCAGAUUUCUUUUCUUGGGGGGGGGGGGGGGGGGGGGGGGGGCUGGAAGGGAGAUCUCAUUUGACGUAUGCAGCUAUGUUCACUGCUAGCACGUAGCCGUCUCCCUCCCCCCCUCCCCCCGGUAAGUGUGACACCCAUGAGAUCAACACUAAGCUCAUGAUCAAUGAUGAAAUGUUUCUUUGUGUGGUCAAUGUUAAAAUCCUAAUGUUUUUUUUUUUCUUUAUAUACUUUUUGUCUAUACAUCUUGUAGACGUCCAACUAAUGUACCAAUAAAGUAUCGAGUAAAACUCAUUAGUCGAUCUAAACACA